AUGGCAGAGCGCGACGCGGAGGUAGAACAGUGUUACCUCUGCAACAGCACCAACACGGGCAAACAUACAGCCCACAACAGAAAGGCCGCCGCAGCCACGCCCCAUGGCCGGGGGGAAGCUUCGCAGAUCGAUGAGAGCGAGGCGGAGGAGACCAGCUCGCCAGAGCCCGACUGGAGCGAUCCCGCAGGUGACAUGCCCGCGAUUUCACCAGACUGCCUCGAGUCAGGCAGUGAGCGCGAUUUGCAAUGGGCAGGCGACCUUAGACAACCUGUUACGCCACCUUUGCCAGAGGAGGACGAUGCAACAACUGAAGUGGGGGGGCCAGCGUGGCCUUCGAGGACGGCCAUCGAGGCUGUCUUCGGGGAUAUGUCCCGCGAUCUGUGCAGAAUGUGGGGAGUGCCCACCGACGGCACCACUGCCACCACAGGCGCGGGGGAAGAGCACAGUACGCCAAAGCCAAAGGCGCCGGAGGACGAGAGGACAGCAGCAGAGCAGCAGUUGGACUCCGCAGUGGGGGAGGAGACAGUUCCAGUGGAGGAGGAACCUUCGCCCGCUGUGAUGCCGGACGAGGUCACCCAGGCAGCAGAGCUUUUUGCGAAGAGGUUGAAGGAAAAGAAAGAACGGCAGAUGGAACGUUGUCGGGGGAACUGCUCCAGCUUCCUCUUCUACCUCAGCUUGGCCACCGAUGGGGGCGAUAACCUCGAUCUCCCAGACCUUGCUACGUGUAGCAAGAGCACCGGAUGCAGCUCAGAGAGGGGAACACUGCGCCUCCUCGACCCAGCGAGCUGGAGCAGUAGCAGCAGUGACGAGGAGUGGCAUCCGAACAAGCGUGUGGACGGCACGAUCUCCAGUAUCGAGGUUAAUGGUAUUCAGCUGAAGUCGCUCCAAGACGUGGAGCUCCAGCAUUUGGACUGCGUUGUCCUGGGACGCUCCGUCAUGCUGUAUGCUUUUACCGAGCCUGGAAGCGACAUCAAUUCCCUUCCUGCAGACAAAGCAGUGCGACCAUCGCAGCAGGAGUCGCUUAUCCUGGAGAUCCUGGGGAAGGACCGGGCCGAACAACCAGGCCAGCUCCAGAUGGCUUUGAAGUACAUGUCCGAGCUCAAGAGCCACAACCUUGACAGCGAUGGAGCAACCUCUGUGCAAGAGUUCAUGCUCAUGGCCCAGAAGGCGGCAACAAUGGUGGAAGAGGCCAAUCAGAUCACCGCUGAGGUCAAGCCGGGUGGACAGACAAACCUCAGGUUUGAGCUGUGCACCAUCGCACCUAUCUUGGCCUUGGGUUACGGCCGCUCCUUGUGCCCAGAACUUUCGGUCCGACUAGUGCGGCAGAUGUCUCCCAGCCAAGCGAAAGCAAAAGCCUCUGCGGUUAGUGCGCGACGCGCAUCCUUGCAUUCGAGUGAGAUCCUCUUGGAGCAGUUUUCAUCUGGAGCUGGUGGGGUGGGGAUGGAUGAGGUGGAGGUUCUGUACAACUGGACCUUCGAAAAGUUCUGCUCCCGCUUACAGAUCAUGCAGGAGGUGUGGCAAGCACACUCGGAGGACCCUGAGAACUUUGAUCUGGAUGAAUUCAACCAUCCUUGGUCAGAGCAGGGCCCCAGCGAGUUGGCAGAGCUCAGGCAGCGCUACGACAGCUUGCGAGAGAGCAUCAUCUCCGCAAGCCCCAAGAACAUGAUCGACCCGGGUGCGCCAAUCACUUUUGGACCGCAGGGCAUACGAAGACAGAACGAGAGGCUUGAAGACGAGAACCAGCGGCUGAGACAGCAGGUUAGCGAACUGAGCAGUGCCCUGAUGCUCCACUCUCAGCUCGGUGGAGUGCCCCCGCAAGCGUCGAAUGCCGUGCGCGUGAACCAGGCGUCCUUUCCGGCAGAUCACACGCCAGAUUCCAUCAAAGGCAUUCUGGACCUCUCCAAGACCAACUUGCUUCUUGUGCUCGACUUGUUCGACACCCUUUCCCGUCUGAGCAGCAGCAUGUUGAAUGCGUCUGCUGCGUGCUUGAAGACUACGCCUGAUGGCAGCACCGCAGUCGACGAGGCGCGAAAGCGGUUGGCCGAAGCUUCCUCUGACUUGGCCAACUUCUUUGCCGAGACUUCUCCAAACUUGGGCCCGGUGGGUGUUGACUCUUUGAAGGACGUGCUGUCCAUGUCCUCCUCCCCAAAGACACAGCAAAGUUCGGGCGGCCUGCGGUGUGGCUUCCUGUCCAAGCGGCUAGGAAAGCCCAGCAUGUGGUCAGGCAGCUGGCUCAUUGCGGUUCUCUCCGGCAUUGUGGGCAAUGCUGUUGUCAGCGCUCUUCCAGCAGCGCAUGGGGAUUUCAGGCUCGAGGCCUGGAAGCUGCAGACGAGCUUGGCCUGGGGAGGUCCGGCUGCAGCCUUUGAUCUGGCAGCCGGCUUCUGUGUGAUGGGCGCCAUCCUUAUCUCCGUCCUCUGGCAGCCUCGGAGUCGCGAGCGCGCAGAAGGAGAAACGAAGCCGUGGGGCGCUCUCCGGCCGUCUGCCAGACCGCAACGGUCUCGUUUUUUCCAGCGUCUCCAGGCAGCUGUCCGGGAAGCUGUGGGUUGUUGGGCGGAAGGUCUGCGUCAGGUUCGUGCUGCAGUCAUGGCCGACCCAUGGGUGAUCCGGUGUGGAGCAGUGACAGCUGCCUUUGAAGGAGCUUUGUUCGUGUUCGUGUUUAGUUGGACGCCUGUGGUCCUCAACGGUACGCCGAAUCUGGCUCCACAUUUGGGGUUAGUUUUCUCAUUGUUCAUGGCCUCCUGCGCUUGCGGCUCCUGGUGCUUCAAUGCCUUGUCAGCCGCAUGGAGCCCAGAGCGGCUGCUGCAGCCGCUGCUGACAAUCGCGGCACUGACAUUGCUGGCAGCAGCCUACGCGGCCAAAACACAGUCGGUGCUGCUGGCUUUGGCUGCUUUCGCGCUGUUCGAGUUGUGCGUGGGGAUCUAUUUCCCGUGCAUCAGCACUGUGAAGAGCCACGUGGUGCCCGACAGGGUGAGGACACUCGUCUACAGCCUCUACCGCGUGCCGCAGAAUGCAUUUGCACUCGCCGUUCUUCUUCGCGUACCUUCACAGAGCACUGCCCUGGUGGUGUGCGCGGUCGCGCUUCUGGUGGUCGAAGCAUGGGCUGCAUGCAAGCGAGCUCCACACACCGUCGGAUCUUAG